CUAAGCUCCGAUGGCUCGGCUACGUGUCGCGAAUGCCAGCAAACCUACUCCCGCGACGUGGGUGGUUUGCGCGCAGGGGGUGUGGAUGGACGAAGAGGAGGCGAAGGCAAGCGGUGACUUGAUCAAGAAUGAAAACCCGCGCUUCGAAUUUGGCGUCAGUUGAUGCCUCCGGGCUGCCCGAAAGACCAUGAGCACACUUGGUUGGAUAGACUUGUUGAUAUGGAGAGGAGCUGACCUAAAUGGCAUUUGUGCUGUUUUUUGUUCAUCAAAUCGCUUAUCUUCCCCUUCCAAUAAUGAUCCCUUACCUAAUGCUUAACAUUCUGUUAGUUGCUGUUGUUCAUGGUUUUGUGCUAUA